UCACGAGCCAAUCGCCUGUGAGCCACGGGACCGCCAGGAACAAAGAUGGCCGGGGCGGCCUCGGCGAGGGCAGACUGAUCCGAAAGCCAGGCACCCGGCGGGACAGCAAAGGCAGAGUAGCAGCAGCCGCGCGGUCGGGAGAAUGGAGGAGGGCAGCAGCGGCGGCAGCGGUGGCAGCGACAGCAACCCCGGCGGCAGUGGUGGGGCGCAUCAGAGAGAGCUGGAACGCAUGGCUGAAGUCCUCGUCACCGGGGAGCAGCUCCGGCUGAGGCUCCAUGAAGAGAAGGUUAUUAAAGACAGGCGGCAUCAUCUCAAGACCUACCCAAACUGCUUUGUCGCGAAAGAACUGAUCGACUGGCUGAUUGAGCACAAGGAGGCCUCUGACCGAGAGACGGCAAUAAAACUCAUGCAGAAACUAGCUGACCGGGGCAUCAUUCAUCAUGUGUGUGACGAGCACAAGGAAUUCAAGGACGUGAAGCUCUUCUACCGCUUUAGAAAGGACGACGGAACCUUCCCUCUGGACAACGAAGUGAAGGCCUUCAUGAGAGGACAGAGGCUGUAUGAAAAACUGAUGAGCCCGGAAACCACCCUCCUACAGCCGCGGGAAGAGGAAGGGGUGAAGUAUGAGCGAACCUUCAUGGCCUCGGAAUUCCUGGACUGGUUGGUUCAGGAAGGUGAGGCCACGACAAGGAAAGAGGGGGAGCAGCUUUGCCACCGGCUCAUGGAGCAUGGCAUCAUACAACAUGUGUCCAACAAGCACCCGUUUGUGGACAGCAACCUCCUCUACCAGUUCAGAAUGAACUUCCGUCGGAGGCGAAGACUGAUGGAGCUGCUCAGUGAGAAGUCCCCGUCCUCCCAGGAGGCGCACGACAGCCCCUUCUGCCUGAGGAAGCAGAGCCACGACAAUCGGAAAUCCACCAGCUUUAUGUCAGUCAGCCCCAGCAAGGAGAUCAAGAUCGUGUCUGCCGUGCGGAGGAGCAGCAUGAGCAGCUGCGGCAGCAGCGGCUACUUCAGCAGCAGCCCGACGCUCGGCAGCAGCCCCCCAGUGCUCUGCAACCCCAAGUCCGUGCUGAAGAGACCUGUGACUUCUGAGGAACUCUUGACACCCGGAGCUCCGUAUGCCAGGAAGACAUUCACGAUUGUUGGUGAUGCAGUUGGCUGGGGCUUUGUGGUGCGAGGAAGUAAGCCAUGCCACAUCCAGGCUGUGGACCCUAGUGGACCUGCAGCUGCCGCAGGGAUGAAGGUCUGCCAGUUCGUUGUCUCUGUCAACGGGCUCAACGUGCUGAAUGUAGACUACCGCACCGUGAGCAACCUGAUUCUGACGGGCCCACGGACCAUUGUCAUGGAAGUCAUGGAGGAGUUAGACUGCUGAGCACACAGAUGUCCCUGCUGGUGCCCUGUCCCAGGACCACACGGCAAUGACACAACAAGACAGCCAGACAAAUGGAUAAUUGGGACGUGCAGAUCUUUUCUCUGUCCAUGCACACCUUGAAUUUCAUGCAGUGUUUGAAUGUGGAAGGACUGGGUAACACAUCUUUAAAAAAAAAAAAAACACCACAGCAGGGGGUGUGGUGGCUCAGGUCUAUAAUCCCAGCGCUCAGGAGGCCAUGGCAGGAGCAAUGCUGCCUGUUCAAGGCCAGUCUCAGCUCACAGUGUGAGUGCCCCUCUCAGAAACGGUGUGUGCUCACACGCGCAUGCACACACAUGAGCUCGUGCCAAUGUAGAUGACAAUAGCCAAGCAACUUCCCCUUGGGGUGGGAUUGCCUUACUAGAACCCAGUCCGUAGUCCUCGAUCAUUGGUUUUCAUGGUUGCAGAAAGUUGCUGAAAUAGCAACGUGGGAAAAAUGCCAUUUUCAGAAGAAUGAUACAUCAUUUCCAUUGUUCCUUGGUGGCAGGGAUAAUGAAACAGCGCCUGCAGUCCCUGAAUACUUGGGGCACGGGGGCAAGAGGAGAAUCGCUUGAAUUCUGGUGGUUGAGCCAGCCUGGGCAACAUAGUGAGACCCCACGUUAGUAAAAAAAGGUUUUUCACCAAAAUUAGCCUGAGGCUGUUAAAUAAGCCUAGAUUUCACCAUCUUAGAAUGAAAGCAACCUCCCUAGGAAUGUGACCGGCUAACGAGAAUUUCCACCAAGGUUCUUAAGCCAUCAUCACAGAGUAACUUUUUCCUCUUUGUUUAAAUCUUCUUACUGGGGUGGUGGGGCUUGCUAGGUAUCCCCUGGCCACUGACUUCUGUUUAAUUUCUGCCUUUAUCACCAAUUUUCAGCUUAACCUGUUUCAGGUAUGGCAUGAGGUUAAAAAAAUAAACAAACCUCUGUGCCACUGGUGGUGGGGAUCGGCAAGGAGAUGAUGCCCACAGCAACGUGACCCCCUGUUCUCUUUGGGCCCGAGGGCUUUCGCCCCAUGAGUCGGCUCCAGUGACUUUCUGGGGUUCAUUUGAAGUCUUCUGGGUGUGAAAGCAAAGAGGUCUGUCCACGCCCAAUGAAGACUCAAAGUCAAACCUCUGCUGAGAUUGCACUUUGCAGUCGUCCGCUUUUAAGGGAUUCGGCUCCAGUGCAACAAAGUUGAAAUUCAAAAAAACCUUCUUAGCCUGGAUUUUUGCAAGCCUUCUAAUGUCAUGGGAUGUGCUGCUCCUUUAGAGGUCUGCUUGCCACUGCCGACUCCGUCAUGUGUUGGAAUUCUUCAUCUGCCUUGUGCAUGUUUCCUUGAUCUAGAAAAGACUCCCUCAGAACCAGACAUGGUAGCCAGUGUCUGUAAUUGCAGCACCCAGGAAGUGGAGGCAGGAAGAUCAGGUGUUCAAAGUGAACCCGAGAUAUAGGAGAGCCUGUCUCAAAAAUACCAGGAGGGGCGGGGGGGAUGCAUUCAGGGUAUUGGUAUGAAGAGGAUAGUCCUCAAAGUACCAAGUGAGAGAGUCACUUUACAUACUAAAUUUUGAACAGAGAGGCUGCUUUCUUAUUAUGCAUUAACAAAAUAAUUGUUAUACCUCAGUAAUUUCUUAGUGGGAGGUGAUCAUCAUGUAUUGGUACUGGUGGAAUGCAUUUUAUUAGCACAUAUAUGCUAAUCUAACUUUUCUAGAUUUGGUAAGAAAGUUGAAUUUGGAAGCGCUAUGGGAUAGCUGACACUAAGAUUACCCAUCUGUGUCUGAAAAAUAUGCCGCGUGUGUGCACUUAUGCUAUGAGCAAGGCUCUCUGCUGUGGCAUUUAAUGUCUGUGCUCUCCUCAUUCCCUGUCCCAGCCUUUUAAGAUAGCUGUUAUCACCCUCAUUUUUAGAUGGGGAGACUAGGACUGAGGAGAUUCGAUAAUGUUCUCUACGUUCAAGCAGCUGUGAUAACCAUAGCCCGUUUCUCCGAUGCUAAAGCCCCUUUGCCUGACUGCCCCAGACUUCCUAUUUAGAGGUCUUAUAUUCAAUGCUCACUCCAGGCUUCCUGAAGACUCCAUGGGUGUUUGUUUGUUUGUUUGUUUUUAUUGGCCUGAGAGGUCAAUACCAUCAUCACCUAUUUUAUAGAUGAAGAAACCGACUCAUAACACAGGUUGGUUCAUCAUAUGCUCAAAACAGCCCAGCAACUCUGUAGAAAACCUUACCACGUGGCUUUCAUUUCUGUUUGUUGUUUUGAGACAGUGUCAAGCUCCUGCUCCUCCACUUCCUAAGUGAGAUUACAGGCUCACAGCCCUGCACUCGGAUAGCAUUAAAACCCCAACAAAGGAGUCUCAGCUGUUUUCUGUCUUAGGUGUUUCUGGACUGUCAGAAGAGGAAAGGAUGUGUGUGGGGUACUGUAUUCUUCUUGCUACUUACCUGCGAAUGCUGUUUGUCUUGAACCCUAGAUCCUAUAAUUUCCCUUUAGCCAAACUGAACACCGUGGAAGCACCUCUCUGUACUCCACACAGCCUCUCCUUCUAGCCAUCAGGGAGGGAGCAAAGAAUACUUUAACUGUUUUACUUGGUUCUUCUCAUCCCCAGUUUAAAGGCCAAGUGCCAAAGGACAUUUGCUAUUUCAGCAAAUAUCUUUUGACCGUGAAUUGAGGAAUUGAGGUGUCUCUCUCUCUCUCUUUCUCUCUCUCUCUCUCUCUCUCUCUCUCUCUCUCUCUCUCUCUCUCUCUCUCACACACACACACACACACACACAGCCUCAUAAUAAUUAGUGAUAUAAUUAGUGAAUAUAGACACUCCAAUGGCCCCCAGGACCUUUUUUUCCUCCAUGUUUGCAUACAUGGUAUCUUAUUUCUAGGAUGUUAUUUCUCCCCUCUUUGCCCAGGAGAAAUUAUUCUCAUUACUUUCUUUAGAUGUCUCAUCUCCUUAGAGAAAUCUUUGCCAGGUCCCCAAAGAUUUCCUUCCUUACGUUCUCUAAAUGCCCUCAGACCCGUAAAUCCCAUCCAAACCUCUAUGAGAGCAAAAUGGCAUUUACAGUGUCGUUGCCCAGCUCUCAGCCUUUGGGAGGUAGAGGCAGGAGGAUCAGGAGUUCAAUGACAGCCUUGGUAACAGAACACGUUGGAGGCCAAGCUGGGUCAUAUUAGAUACUGUCUAAGACAUCUAAGGAAGUGGUAGGACCUCAUGAGAGAACCACAGGUACCUGGGGGUUUGCCAGCAGAACUGUGGGGCCCCAGCCCUUUCUCUUUUUUUUUUUUUUCUUUACUUCUUGACCAUGAGAUGACUGAGCAGUUUGGUUCCACCAUUGCUCCCACACAAUGCACUAACUCACCAUAGGCCUCAAUGAGGUCAAUUAGUCAUGGGCUUAAACCUCAAACCCUAUGAAUCAAAAUAACCCCUUUCUUGUCGGGACCCAAAAAUGUGGGCCAAAUCUGGGGAGUCGCCCCAACAAGGUGGCUCUCGACACUUUCUCUUUACCAGUUGAUUGUCAGACGUACCUUGUUAUAGACACAGAUAUCUGUCUAAUACACAAGGCUUCAUGUAUGUUGUCUCCAGGCUGCCUUUGUUCCAAGUUGAAUUGCCACAGUUCCGGGUCAUGUAACCCCAAGUAAUCUAGAAAGAAUCUACAGCCUUCUUUUCUUUGGAUUAAAAAUUGAAAACCCCAAAAUGGUUCACAUGGUUUUGAGAACCAAAGCAAUUCGUAAAACUAGCUCUAGGUUGGAGAGAUAGUGCAGUGUCUGGUUGUGGCUGAGCAGCGGUGGCACAUGCCAUUAACCCCAGCACUUGGGAGGCAGAGGCAGGCGGAUCUCAAUGAGUUUGAGGCCAGCCUGGUCUACAAAGUGAGUUCCAGGACAGCCAGGGGCUACACAGAGAAACGCUGUCAUCAAAAAAACAAAAACAAAAAAGCAAAAGACGUUAGCACUGCAUAACGUCUCACAACUGGUGUAACUAUAGUUCUAGGGGGUCCGUACAACCUUACAUGCAUGCAAAACAUCCAUAUACACACAAUUAAGAUAAAUCAAUCUUUAAAUUAAAAAAAUAAAACUAGCCCAGAAUCCAGGAGAAUUCCAGUGGGGAAAUAGACACCAUCUUUUAUGAGAAGACUUGCAUAGAAUUUUUGGCCACUUUCAAAUCUCUAAAAGUAAAUGCAAAAAAGAAGUCAUCGCUCGUUGAAGAUAGUUAUUGAAAGCUUUAGGCUCUCUGGGUGCAAAUUCAUAUCCAACAAUUGGGUGGGAGUAUCAGUGAAGUCCGAUUUCUAAUGAUUUUUUUUAGAGUCCAUAGACCUAAAAUGUUAGUGCCGUGUGCUAUGUAGAACACAGUCUAAUCAUCUCAUUUGACUAACAAAUGAGGUAUAGAACGGUCUUGUGCUAUACCCAAACUCAUGGAACUUGUCAGGUAGGAGUUUGAGCUGCAUGCCUUCUGAGUCUCCUGCCAUCCAGCCCUGUUGCAGUAGAACCUUCUGCAGCUGAAACAGGCCUAUGGCAUGAUUUACUCAAAAAACAAUAGCAGUCCCUGGUGUCUGGGAAGGGAAGGGAAUAUCAUCUUUGAUUGUUGUUUGUUUGUUUCAGAUACAAGGGUCUUAUUCUGUUUGUAGGCCAUGUUGGCUGGGAAUGUACUAUAUCGCACAGGCUAGUCUCAAACUCAGCCAUUCUCCUGCUUCAGCCUCCUGAGGACUAGAAUUACAAGCCUGAGCUACCCAUGCCUGUUUUCAAUGAUUUUGGUCUUCAUGUGUACUUGUGUGUCUGUGAUCUUCAAAGAGGAAAUGACACCCACUGCCUGAGAUAACUUUUACCUGCGCACAUUGGACGCUUUCCUUCUUGUUCCCUGAAAAAAGAGAUAUUUUCAAAGCCAGGCAUGAUGACUCACACCUAUAAUCCCAACAUUUGGGAAGCUGAGGCAGGGGGGUUGCCAUAAGCUUAAGGCCAGCCUGGGAUACAGAGACUUUGUCUACAAAACAAAACUAGACAAAAUAUUCUAAACUUUUUUUUUAGAUGUCUGUGUGCAACGCUUUAUGUUUUAAUGAUGGGAAGGAAGACAGUUUUUGUUCCGUAAUUAGCACUGUAUGUACAAAUAAGAAGGCCAUCUUCUGUCGAAAUGAAAACCACCCUUGUCCUUUGGUCCGUUUCUGCCUCCUGAGGUUUAAUUACAGCUAGGUGUGGUGGCCCAUAGCAAGGAGAAGACUCAUGUUGGAGAAGGGAGUUUUAGGCCAUCCUGGGCUCACACAGAGACCCUAUUUAAAGAAUAAUUUAUCAGGCCUAGGAUACUCACCGUACUCUGAUCCCAGCACUGCAGAAGCAGAAGGAUCCCAGCACUGCAGAAGCAGAAGGAUCACCAUAUCCAAGGCCAGCCUGGACUACAUGUGAUACCUAAAAGACAUAAUAACUAAGGCCAAGGCCGAGAGACCGUAGUUAAGAUGAGGAAGAUGAGCCGUCGUCGCCUAAAUGUGCUGUGACGGACUUUACACCGUGGUGACAGCUGGCUUCCUUUGGAAGGACAGACACCAAGGUUAAGAAUAUCGCUGCUUUCCAUUCAAACAGGAGUCUUGAGUUUCUAAACUUUCCCGUCAAUGGUCCGGGGGAGAUGAUCCACUCCCGAGGCCUGCUUUAAACUGUCGGUACUGGCUAUUCUCCGCAAGCUGCUGAGAAGUCUGUUUUUCUUUGCCUAUAAAUGAGCAGAUAACUCCAGGCCACUUUGAUGUGGCUGGCUGGGUGAAAUUGGUUGUUACCAUCCGUCGUGAUUUUCUGUCACCUGAACUUCAGGUGGAAUGUAGAUUUCUUCAGCUGCAGUCCCCAAAGGACAAAAGAGCUGUGUGCCAAAAUAAAGUUCACUGUCAAAGAUCACAUAAAGGAUUGUUCAAUGAGUUUUAAAAUGCUUAAUAUAUAGCUUUAUUUUAAAAUUUGAUGAGCGUGGUUUGCUAUCUUUAUUAAAUCUGUACUGUAAUUCUUAAAAUGAUUGUGUGAAAACACAAGGGCAUAGCAUGAAAUAAAUGUUGCAUUAAAAAUGA